UCUAUGGUUGCACCGUGGAUCCAGAUUGCCCAGUUUGGAAACUGGUGUGGAGAUGCUCAGAGGACAUGUCUAUACUUAUAAAAACCUAUUACGGCACACAUAACCAUCCACUUCCUGUCGGUUCAAUUACUGCCAUGGCUUCCGCGGCCUUAGCAGAUUUCCUUAGGUUAUUGGAUUUAAGUAAUCCUCUUUCAGAAGGAACCCCCAGUUUCACCCAAGCACCCCUUCCUUACGAUAUGAUUGACCCUGACGACCCUUCCCAAGGAAUUGUUGUUGACCUUACAAGUCAAUUCCCAAUGCCCAAAUCACCAGUGCGAGACCAAGACCAAAACCAGCCUCCCAUGAUUCUUGCCAGCGAAGACUCAAAGAAAGACGUACAAUCAAACUCAACCACAACAAGUACCUCCUUUUCCAGACCUCAUUGCAAUUACGAUGUCUUUUUGAGUUUUAGAGGUGAAGAUACCCGCAAGAACUUCACCGAUCACCUUUACUCUGCUUUAGUGCGACUCGGAAUUCACACCUUUCGAGAUGAUGAGGAGCUUCCAAGAGGAAAGACCAUCUCUACGGAACUACUUAGUGCUAUUCAUGGAUCAAAAAUUUUCAUUGUAAUUUUCUCCAAAGGUUAUGCUUCCUCUAGGUGGUGCCUCGAUGAGCUUGUGGAGAUUGUAAACUAUAAGAAUACCAAAGGUCACACUCUUUUACCCAUAUUUUACCACGUGAACUCUUCAGAUGUUCGAAACCAGACUGGAACUUUUGCGGAAGCCUUUGCUAGGCAUGAAGAGCGAUUUCAAACUGAUAUGGAGAGGGUGCAGAGGUGGAAGAAAGCUCUUACUGAUACUGCGAAUUGUUCCGGCUGGGAUCUCAAAUGCAUUGCAAAUGGGUAUGAAUCAAAAUUCAUCAAAGAGAUUGUUGAAGAAGUUAUGUGUAAAGUAAACCCUGUUCGGUUGGAUGUCGCCAAACACCCAAUAGGAAUAGAGUCUCGUGUUCAUGAUAUUAAAGAUUUAUUAAGUCUGGCAUCAAGUGAUGUUUGCAUUGUGGGCAUUUACGGAAUGGGAGGUAUCGGUAAAACAACCCUAGCAAAAGCUGUUUAUAAUGAAAUAUGUGUUGGAUUUGAAGAAAGUAGUUUUCUUUCAAACUUUAAAGAAAGCUCAGAAAAGUCUGAUGGCUUACUUCAUUUACAAGAGCAACUUCUUAAUGAUAUCUUGAAAACAAAUUUGAAGAUUGAUAAUGUUGAUAGAGGAAUUAGUAUAAUUAAGGAAAGAAUUUGUGGAAAAAAAGUUUUUGUUAUUGUUGAUGAUGUGGAUGACUUUGAAAAACUACAUUGGUUAGUCGAAAAGGAAUGGCUUGGUCCGGGAAGCAGAAUCAUUGUAACCACUAGAGAUGAACAUGUGUUAAGUCCAUUGAGAGUAGAUAAAAAAUAUAAGGUCAGAGAAUUGAAUCAUUGGGAGUCUCUUCGACUAUUCAGUUGGCAUGCCUUCAAAAUGACUAAUCCUAAAGAAGAAUACUUGGAGCUUUCGUAUGAAGCAAUGACUUAUGCCGGAGGUAUCCCUUUAGCUCUUGUGGUUUGGGGUUCUUUUCUUAAAGAUAGAAGUGUUGCUGAAUGGAAAAGUGAAUUGGAAAGACUACAAAUAACUCCUGAUGAGAAGAUUCAAAAAAUACUUAGAAUAAGUUUUGAUUCAUUGAAGAGUCCUACAAAUGACAUUUUCCUUGAUAUUGCAUGUUUCUUUGUCGGUAUGGACAAAGAAUAUGCUUUCAAAAUACUUGAUGGUUGUAAUUUAUUUCCAGGGAUUGGUAUCCCUAUUCUCAUUCAGAGGUCACUUGUGAUAGUUGAUUCCCAAAAUAAGUUGAUGAUGCAUAAUAUGAUUCGAGAUAUGGGAAGGGAAAUUGUUCGUAAAGAAUCGCCGAAACAUCCAAAAAAGCGCAGCAGAUUGUGGUUACAUGAGGAUGUUUUAAAUGUAUUACGAAACCAUACGGGAUCAGAAACAGUCGAGGGUCUCAUUUUAAAUCUCCUCUUACUUGAAGAUGUCAAUUUGAAAACUGAAGCAUUUACAAAUAUGAAGAAUUUGAGAUUGCUCCAAAUCGAUUCUGUGCAUCUCACAGGGUCUUAUGAACAUCUCUCUAAAGAGCUAAAAUGGCUUCAUUGGCAUAAGUGCCCUCUGAAAUUUUUACCGCAGAAUUUUCAUCUAGAGAACCUUGUUAUUCUUGACAUGCAGCACAGUAACGUCAAACAAGUUUGGAAGAAGAAGAAAAUAUUCAACAAGUUGAAGGUCCUUAAUCUCAGCAAUUCCAAAUGUCUCACCGAAUCACCAGACUUCUCACAAGUCCCACAAUUGGAGAUACUAAUACUUGAGGGUUGCACAAGCUUGGUUAAGGUUCAUGAGUCUAUUGGAUAUCUCAAAAGACUUGUUUUGCUGAAUUUACAAAAAUGCAAGAACCUUAGGAAUCUUCCAAGCAGCAUUUAUAACUUAGAAUCUCUUACAACUCUUGUAUUGUCUGAGUGCCUUAAUCUUAAAAAGUUACCGGAUUACUUGGGGAAUAUGAUGGCUUUAACGGUGCUGCAUGUGGAGAACACUGCUAUUAAGCAACUACCAUCCUCCUUUAGCCUUCUGAAGAAUCUUGAAACUUUAUCAUUACGUGGAAGUGAAUGCCUCAUUGAAUCACCAAAGUUCUUAGAAACUUCUUGCUUAAAGAAACUGAUACUUGAAGGUUGUACAAGCUUGGUUGAGGUUCACAACUCCAUUGGACUUCUAAAAAUACUAAAGGAACUAAAUUUGGGCAGGUGCAAGAAGCUUAGAAAUCUUCCAAGUAGCAUUUCUAACUUAGAGCUUCUUGAAACUCUUGUGUUGUCUGACUGCUUAGAACUUGAUAAGUUACCGGAACAAUUGGGGAAUAUGAAGGCUUUAAAAUUUUUGUUGGCAGGCAGAACUAAUAUUGAGCAACGACCAUCCUCCUUGGGUCCUAAAAGGAAUCCUAUAAUUAUGCCGUUACUUGGAUGUGAAGUACCAUCCUCAUCACGGAUAUCACCUAAAGGCUCCAAGCACAUAAGUUUGUUUCCUUCCCCUUAUGAAUUAUGGUCUUUGACAAACCUGAGACAACUAGAUCUCAGUGGGCGUAAUUUGUCUGAAGAUGAGUUUCCUGUUGAAUUUGGAGUUUUAUCUUCACUCGAAAUAUUGGAUUUAUCGAGAAACAAUUUUCGUAACCUACCUGAUUGCAUCAACUACCUUCCUGAAUUAUUGCAAUUGAAUUUGAACGAGUGUAGUACUCUUCAAUCAAUCUCAGUCCCCUUUAUUGUACAGGUUUUUGGAAUUUUGAGAGCAAAUGACUGCACAUCAUUGGAAAGAAUCUUAACUUUGACGAACAAGAGUUUAGGAUCUUUGUCCCUUAAUAAUUGCCAGAAACUGGUUGAGAUUCAAAGUUCGAAGAGUUUGCGAUCUGGAGCAUGUCUUCACAUGGGAAGGUGCAACAAUCUAUCACCUGCUUUUAGGGAGAGUGUUCUCCAGAUGUUGUGCAAGACAGAUCAUAUAGGUACCAUUUGCCUCCCCGGAAGUGAGAUUCCAAAUUGGUUUUGCCAUCGGACAAUCGGUUCUUCAAUAUCCAUUCGUGUACCCUCCUUUUGGGGUGGUAAAAUCGGGAUGCUUCUUUGCGUUGUUCUUGCGGCAAAAAAGGAAGCACCCAGAAACCUAUCUGGAGUGAGUAGCUUCAGCUGGAGAUUACGUAAUAAAACUAGAACUCACCAAAUGCCUUUAUAUUUAGGGUCCCCAGCUGGUUGCUUUUUUGGUAGCUGUGAAGAUCAAAUAUUUGUACAGGCGAUGGGAGAUGAUCAUCUUACGCGAGGUUAUAUGAAAAGUGGAGACGAAAUAGAGCUGUUCGUACACUUCCGGAAUGAAGAAAUACGAGUGAAGAAAUGUGGAAUUCAUCUACUAGUUGAUGAGCCAAGUGUAAUUGUUACAAGUGGAGACAAAAUGACGAGGUUCUUCGUCGGCAAUGAAUUCCGGAUUUAUGGAGGAGACACGAAUUGUAUAAUACCACUUGAUGAGGCAAAUGCCACAGAAGUAGAUGAAAGUGAUUAUUAUAGUUCCAUUCUACAGAUGUGAUGAUGAGGUCUCACCCAUCAGCAAAUCCACAGCACAA